UAUUCCCAUCUCUUUACCCUCGUCCCCCCGUGGGCUGUUCCGGAUGUAACGCCUCCCUCCCGCCACCUCGCUGAUCCUCUUAUCUACAAGCAGGCGGCCAAGAUGGAUGUUGUGAACCAGGUAGGGCUCUGGGAUGAAAACCAGCAAUAUCAAUGUUUUCAUUUGAUUUAGUUAGCUGAAAAGCCAUAAUUUAGCACUCCUGCAGAAUGCGCACUUUGACGGGGUAGCGUUUUGGGGAAAAAUAAUAGGACAUCAUUAUGAUAGGGGUUGCUGUAAUUGUAAAGCUGCGGACGGUUAGUCUGAAAUACAGUGCUUUCAGUGGUCGACUCGUGAACGAAAAGUGAGCACUGAGCGCAAAACACCGCAAUACAGGCAUGAUAGAUUGCAUGUGAUUUAGCCAAUUUUGAACCAGCAAUGGACUGGUUCAGUGGAACGGUUGGCUCAUAAAUAGACCAUGGUCCAAAAGUCCAAAGAAUUGAUCAAGAUACCCUGCGCAAUAUAAUUUCAACAGCAUUUCAAAUAACUCCGACAAAUAGGCUUAACACAUCCAGGGUAUUAGUUGAGGUGAAAGCUAUUGGUUGUAGGCUAUAUGAAGAGAUAUGCCGUUUCAAUUGUGGACACAUAAAUGGAUUGUCUAUUUGGAAAGCCUACUUAUAUUUUUGAAUAACUGCUAUUGAACUAAUAGAAUCGUUGACUGGAUCUAUUUUGAGGGGAUUAGUUUUUCUCUCUCAGCCUAUGUAGCCUAUGGGGUGUGUGCAGAGUAUAUGCCAGAGCAGAGGCUGAAGUAUAGCUGAUUAAAUAUGGAAUGAGGAUAUUUUUUUAACAAAAAAAAAAGCUACAAAACAAGAGAUGAUGCAAAAUAAAUGUCUAACUCGUGAAAGAGAAAAGAAACAGAGAGAUAUGUUUUUUUUAACUGAUCUUGCUAAAAAUAGAAGAAGCAUAGGAAUAGCGACAGCCCCUAUUUCAUCAAUACCGCAAUAUUAGACGUCGUGCUUCUCUUACUACUGUAGCGAGUUAUAUUAUAGGCCUAUCAAUUUAUGAGGGGCGGCAGACCGACUGGGGGUUAAAAAUUAGAUAUUGCGAUGUGAAUCGAUAAGCUAAAGACAGAAUCGAUAGGCUACAGGCCAUCGCUUCUUCAGGGAUGCUCACAGACCACCUUCCUUUGCGACUGAUGUGUUGCUUUCAACCGCACAUGGCAAGGCUUUACAAAGUAUAGCCUAAACUAUAGGACCAGCUAUAUCUACUAUAGGGCCAACUACUAUCGAGGUAACUCGAGAUUUUCUUUCUUGUCUAAAUUUCUAGUAGAGUGCUUGCUGUCUAUCAAGCUUUGGCAAAACAGUGGGAUAAGCAGCUUUGUCUAAUUCUAUGCUGGCAAAGUCUCUAUCUCUCUCUGUCUCUCUCGCUCUCGUCUCCCCUAAACGAUGUCAGUGCUUUGUCACACGGCCUGUCACGCCCCAAGUCAAAGAAUACAAUUACUGUACUAGCGAACAAAUGGCAGCAUGAGAAAAUUGAUCAUAUCACCGCCUCCUCCACCGCUCCUGAAAUAUACAUUUAAAUUAAUUGAAAGGUGCAAACUGUGGAGUAACGACAGAUAGGCUAUGCUGAAAAUGCAUGUAGGCCUACACAGCACACACUACAAACGUUCAAAAGACAAUUCGUGUCUGUCAGAUAACCUAACUAUGUGGCCUCUUGCUGGAUUGUGCGCACUCACUCGAGUGUUUUAAUAUUUUUAGAAUCUAAGCUGUGGACAAAUUCAUAAAACAAUGUUGAUUGUUGAUUUCUGUGUUGACAGUUGGUGGCCACCGGGCAGUUUACCAUAAUCAAACAGCCUUUGGGAUUUAUGAAAAUCCUACAAUGGGUAAGUUACUGUUUUCAUACAAUGUUUAAUUCUUUGGCUUCUGAUGAUGGCCUUAUAGUGAUGUUGGGCCCCUGUACUGUGUCAGAACGUGUCCUUCUGUCACACAGAGGUCACAAAGCUACGUGAAGCUUUGUGCUCGUGACGACAAACAGGCAGCGCAAGGUGGAUGACACUGGCCAUCCUCCCACUCGCUGCUUCCUCUCGGUCACCGCAGGCAGGUCUCUUGAAAGCUCGACGUCGUUUCAGUGGUACAAUGUUACUGUAAAUCGAUCAUGGUAAUUGUUAUAAAUCUCUCUUCAAACUAUCCAGGCCACUGUAUUUAUGUGUCCUCUCCUGUGGAGUUUGUUGUAGGCCUAUCUCAUCCACCAGAUAAUUAACUCACAUCACAUUAGCCUUUCGCUCUGUAAUCUAAUCUACAGUAUCUUGUGACCACCUCGUGUAGUUAAUUCUUUAUGUGUUCUGUAGUUGCUCCCUCCUAGUGCUAAUCAUUUUCACUAUCAUUUCAUGUUUUGGAAGUGGCACAUAAUUAUUGAAUAAGCCUACACUGAACUAAAACCUGGGUAGUAGUAGUAGUGGCCAUUGCCGUUCCUGCAGCGUCACCUGAAAAAGGCGCUGUCCACUUUCAGGGGUUCUGAAACGUCACUCACGGGGUUCCAAAUGACCUCUGUCCAUAGUGGUGAAUCUGAAUCUCCGCUAUUUGCUUGUUUGUUUACCUUUACAAUUCUUCAUGCGACAAAGUCACCACAAUGCUCUAUUUGUUGUAUUGUGCUGCAGCAUGACAAUCGUUGAUGGGCAAUUCAUGAUGAAUCUGUGAUAAAGCAUUCCACACAUCAAUGUCACAAAAUGUACUUCAUACAUCCACAUCAAGGUUUCUGCAUGCUUUAUGUUCUCUUUAUUCAGUAACACUCGAGGCACAGUGUGACCCCUCUGCCAAAGUGUUUUGUGCCAGGGGCUAGAGGUAUUCCUCUAUGUAGAUAGGCUCUCUCAAUUGUACAAAGAGGAGUCUACAUGGCUGCAUUUACACAGGCAGCCCAAUUCUGAUAUUUGUUUCACUAAUUGGUAUUUUGACCAAUCAGAUCAGCUCAAAAAAAAAGAUCUGAUGUGAAAAGAUCUGUUGUGAUUGGUCAAAAUACCAAUUAGUGGAAAAAAUAUCAGGAUUCGGGGGGGGGCUUAUUGCUGUUGUGCUCUCUCUUGGGAGCUGUGUGCUGAUAAAGCCUAGUUUUGAUGGAUGAUGGGAGAAAGCACAUCGAAAUCUCCCCAAAUGAAACUAAUGCUGAAUAGAGAAUGGUUAACCACUGUGUCUACCAUAACAACAUCCUGCCCCAGGUCACGCUUGGGAACUAGGUUAUUUUUGUCUUACAGUUAACUGCUCUGUUACAGUUUACAUAUUUGCUUUACUGAUUCACUAAGUGCAUUAUUGUACUGUAAGACCAGUUUUUAUACUGUGUGGUCAAUACAGUAGAGAUCUGGGAUAAUCUGGCCCAGUAUUCUAUAAGUGGUUCCUGGUGUUGUUGAUCAUCAAAGCUGCUCAUUGUAGGAGUAUACAGUGCUGCUUGAACGUAUGUGAACCCUACAGAGCUGGUAAUUAUUUUGCUAUAAAAUAUUAAAAUAAACAUAAAAUCCUUAUCUAAACCCCAAUUCGUAAUAAAGACAUUCCAAUAAAUUACAGAAACACAAAAAUAUUAUCAAUUUUCAUUGUUUAUUUAACAAAAGUGGUUUAUUUAACAGAAACUCUGAUUUGAUGUAUGCAAAAAUAUGUGAACCCCUUCAGUCAAUAGCUUGUGGCACCUCCAUUAGCAGCGAUAACUUGGACUAAACGUUUCCCAUAGCCAGUAAUCAGUCUCUGACAUCUGUUUUCAGGGAUUUUUACCAACUCCUCCUUACAGAACUCAGCCAAUUGAGUGAGGUUUGAGGGGUGCCUGGCAUGAACUGUCCGCUUCAGGUCCUGCCACAGCAUCUCGAUUGGAUUUAGGUCAGAACUUUGACUUGGCCAAUCCAAAACACAUCUUCUUUCUCCUGAGCCAUUCUUUGGUAGAUUUGCUUGAAUGCUUUGGGUCGUUGUCUUGUUGGAAGACCCAUUUUCAGCCCAGCUUUAGCUCCUUGACUGAUGGCCUGACGUUCUGUUCAAGAAUCUCCUGGUAUACCUCAGAAUUCAUUGUUCAGUUAAUGAUGUGGAGUCGUCCAGGUCCAGAGGAGGAAAAGUAGCCCCAGUAUGAAAAUUUAUGCACUCACUAACUGUAAGUCGCUCUGGAUAAGAGCGUCUGCUAAAUGACUAAAAUGUAAAUCUUGACAUUUGGUGGUAGGCAGUGUUGGGUUUUCGCCAAACAUAGCGGUGUUGAUUGUGACCAAAACGGUCCAUUUUGGACUCAUCGGUCCAGAGAAUGGACCACCAGAAACCUUCAGGUUUGUCCAGGUGGUCUCUGGCAAAGUUAAGACGGGCAGUUUGGUUCUUUUUUGACAGCAGAGGCUUCUUCCUAGCAAACCUCCCAUGAAUGGCAUUUCGAUUCAGUGUUCUUACUGUUGAAGCAUGCACAGUUACCUGAGAUGCAGCAAGGGAGGUCUGCAAAUCUCUAGAUGUUAUGUUUGGGUUGGCUUUUACCUGAUUUAUUAUUGUUCUUGUGGCUCUUGGGGAUAUUUGGAAGGGCGUCCACUUCUAGGCCGAGUUGCUGUCAUGUUAAAUGCUCUCUAAUUGUAAAUUAUUUGCCUCACAGUGGACUGAUGGAGCUCAAAUAUUUUUUCGAUGAUUUUAUAGCCUUCCCCAGUCUGAUGUGCUCUCACUACACUCGUCCUGAUGCCCUCUGAGAUCUCCUUUCCUCUCGGCAUGGUGUGCUUUGCAAUCACCUGAAUGGGUAACACCAAACUGACCAGGUUUCUUAUCUUUAUUUAUCAGAGUUCCACCCAAACCCUUUCCUGACGAUCUCUCCUUUGAUUGGUUCAUUUGGUAGCUAAAUAUUUACCCACCUGAUUCUACUUACCUACUUGAUUUAACCAAUGCAAUUUGGGGUUCAUUUAUUUUUGCACCUGCACUAAUUCCUUUUUAAUUUAGUUUUUCUACUACAUGCAUGAUUUCCUCCACACCAACAUAUGGUAUUGGUAAAUAUAAACCUGUUAUGUCAGAUCAAAAAUACUGGUUCUGAUUAAAUGAAGAUUCCAUGGUAAAAACUGAACAAAUCUGUAAUUGCACAAGGGGUUCACAUACUUUCAAGAAGCACUGUAUAUGGUAAGGAGUUUACAUGUUAAACCUUUGCAAACUCAUUGCCAGGGCUCUCUGCCCACUCGUCUGCCCCUGGCUUAGAGGAGGUGUGAUUGGUUGAAGCUCUCAUACUUUGGAUUCCUGCCAAACUCUGAGACAGAAAGACACUGGAGAGCAUACAUACAGUACUUACAUGGUGAUGGAUAGACUUGUGGUCCUACAACAUCCAUUUAUGCUUGUGUAUCAAUCAAUGUAUUAAGUUCAGUUAUUCAUUUACUUGAGUUAAUUUUGGAAUACCUGUGGUUUUCAGUCUUGUCGGACUCGGCUAUAAAAUAAGCAGGUAUUUAUAAAUGCUGCUGAUUCUAACUCCAAGAGUGUGUGUGUAUGAGUGCACUUCUGGGUUUGCUUUUAUGCAUGUGCGUGUUUGUGCCUGCUUGAAAUGUGGUAGUGUGUCAGUGGAUUUAUGUGAGAGACUGCAACAUUUACCAUGUUAGUGGGAACAUAGAAAUAGAAUGAACAGAACGGGCAUCCCCAUUCAAGUCAAUGAUUGCAUAAUGGUGGACUGGCGGCCAUUGCGAGGGUACCCAUAGGAGCAAAGCAGAAAGUAAGUGUACCCAUCAAUAUGUGCUGUGAUUUGUUGAUUCAACUCAACUGACAUUACAAAAAAUACAUUCCAUUGCAUGAGCCACAUCAGUUAACAUAAUUUGAAUUAACAUUCUACAUUACCAUGGACAUUUUAGCAUCACAAUACUAUGCAGCCAUUGUGAGUGUACCCAUGACUUUACCAGUAAAAUUGGCAGGGUUAGAAGUUCCAAGCCCGUUCUAUUCAUUCUAUUUCUAUGAGUGGGGACCUCCCUAGUUGGGCCACUCAAGGACAUUCGCUCUGGAGCAGGUUUUCUUCCAGGAUCUCUAUGUACUUUGCUCCGUUUGUCAUUCCCUCGAUUCUGACUAGUCUCCCAGUCCCUGCCGCUGAAAAAAACAUCCCCACAGCAUGAUGCUGCCACCACAAUGCUUCACCGUAGGGAUGGUGCCAGGUUUCCUCCAGACGUGACGCUUGGCAUUCAGGCCAAAGAGUUCAAUCUUGGUUUCAUUAGACCAGAGAAUCUUGUUUUUCAUGGUCUGAGUCCUUUAGGGGCCUUUUGGCAAACUCCAAGCGGACUGUCAUGUGGCCACUCUACCACCACUCUACCAUAAAGGCCUGAUUGGUGGAGUGCUGUAUAGAUGGUUGUCCUUCUGGAAGAUUCUCCCAUCUCCAAAGAGGAACUCUGGAGUUCUGUCAGUUUGACCAUCGGGUUCUGGUCACCUCCCUGACCAAGGCCCUUCUCCCCCGAUUGCUCAGUUUGUCCGGGUGGCCAGCUCUAGGAAGAGUCUUGGUGGUUCCAAACUUCUUCCAUUUAAGAAUGAUGAAGGCCACUGUGUUCUUGGGGACCUUCAAUGCUCAAACAUUUUUUGGUACUCUUCCCCAGAUCUGUGCCUCGACACAAUCCUGUCUCAGAGCUCUAUGGACAGUUCCUUCAACCUCAUGGCUUGGUUUUCGCUCUGACAUGCACUGUCAACUGUGGGACUUUAUAUAGACAGGUGUGUAUCUUUCCAAAUCAUGUCCAAUCAAUUGAAUUUACCACAGCUGGACUCCAAUCAAGUUGUAGAAACAUCUCAUGGAUGACCAAUGGAAACAGGAUGCACCUGAGCUAAAGUUCGAGUCUCAAAAAUUUAUAAAAACCUGUUUUCGCUUUGUCAUUAUGGGGUAUUGGGUGUAGAUUGAUGAGGAAAAUAAAUAAUUUAAUCAAUUUUAGAAUAAGGCUGUAACGUAACAAAAUGUGGAAAAAGUGAAGGGGUCUGAAUACUUUCCGAAUGCACUGUGAGUGUGCACAAGCAUGAGCGUGUGUGUGUGUGUGUGUGUGUGUGUGUGUACAAUAGCCCUGUGCAGCGUCCUUUAGUGACAGAUGGUAGAGGACCUCAGUCAGAUUAAUAGACUGAUUUUCCAUCCAAUGGGAUCUGGCCUGCAGGGAAGGGAGGGUGUGUAAAAAUAGGCUGUCUAAUCUCCUAUGUAUGUGCACGCUCGUGUGUAAGAGAGUAGGUUAGCGUUCAGGUACACAAGCGCUGGUUUACAUUACUGUAGUACUGUAGCCUGAUCAAUAGAGUUGAUCAUAACUUCUUUAGUACAACAGAUAUAUCAAUAUCAACCAAACAUGUUAUUUUACAUUUCUUGUAUUUAUUAUUUUAUACAAAAGCACACAACUUUAGGUGUUGGAGUAACUAUGGCAACAGGUGUAGCGCUGUAACCUGGCAAUACAGCUGCAUUGAUUUGCAGUCUGUGUGCCUUUGAAAGCAACCUGCAGUGAUUGGAGGAACAUUGGAGCGCAGGAGACACAGCAGAUGGUGAAACCACAGUGUCAGGUUUUUCCGUAGCAGUAUACCUUUAGCGGGGUUUGCCAUUAUACUGCAUGGGCUUUCCUUAGGCUCACAUCAACACCUAUUUCAGACCAAACUAGAGUUAUGCCAGUUCCUCAACAGAGCACAAUCUCUGUGAAUAAUCAUUCCAAUAUAAGUGCAAUUUAAUAGAUGUAUUCUGCUUCUCCCCACACUUCUCUCUGUCUGUGUCAUUCUUACAACCAUAUUCCUUCCCCAUUCCUUUGAUCUCACUACUCUAUUUUCCCCUCACCUUCUCUUUACUUCCCGUUUACUUCGACUGUCUGUCAUUUUCCUCCUCUUCUCAUCCUCCCUCUGUGUCUUUCAGAUUUUUGCCAUCUUUGCUUUCUCGACAUGCGGCAGCUACUCUGGCAUGUUCAAGAUGAGUGUGGAGUGUAAAAACCGGUCAGAGAGUGACCUGAGCAUUGAGGUGGAGUUUGAGUAUCCAUUCAGGUCAGUAUGCCUAUUCAGUCACACGUAACCCCUUGAACCCGCACAAAUAUGGUCUGUCUGUAAUUUCUACAGUACCACUGGGCUGCAAAGUCAGUGGUGGAACAUUAACCUGUAAACUUUAUUAUCCCAAAUUGACGUCUCUUUCUCUCUCUCUCUCCCCUCCUCUCUCUCCAUCUCUCUCUCUCCCCUCCUCUCUCUCCCAUCCUCUCUGUUUCUCUCUCCCUCUCUCUCUCUCUCCCAUCCUCUCUGUCUAUCUCCCAUCCUCUCUCUCUGUCUCUGUCUCUGUGUCUGUCUGUCUCCCAUCUUCUCUCUGUCUUUCUAUGUCCCUUGUCCUUGCCAGGCUACAUCAGGUGUACUUCAAUGCCCCAACCUGUAAGGGGGGAAACACUGAGCGUCUGUUCCUGAUUGGAGACUACUCCUCCUCAGCUGGGUUCUUUGUCACCGUCGGAGUCUUCUCUUUCCUCUACUCCAUGGCAGCCCUUUCUGUGUACGUUUUCAUUCUGGAGAAAUACCGUGAAGGCUGCAAGGGAGCCCAGAUUGUGAGUUUGUCUUUCGCGCUUCUUGUUUCUAGUACUCCUGUUACUAUUACUAAUAUCAUAGUAAUGAUGAUGAUGAGAUUGAUUAUGUUUCUGAUAAGGACUUUGAUUUGACGAUGAUGAGCAUGUAUUUUGCUAAUGCUUUAUAAUGUGAUUAUCCUCAGGACUUCGUUGUGACCUGUGUGUUCACCUUCUUCUGGCUGGUGGCUUCUUCUGCCUGGGCUAAGGGUCUGUCGGAUGUGAAGGCAUCCACUGACCCAGACAAGGUCCUCUUACUAAUCGAGGCAUGCGACGAACCGGAGAACCGCUGCCGUGAAGUCCACGACCCUGUCGUCUCUGGUCUCAACACAUCUGUGGUACGUUUUUCCGGAUUUAAUUUUAAAUGGUGUGUUUUUUUAAAAGGGCAUGGACUGCUGAGGAUAUGAUGGAAAAACCCUGUACUACAACAUAUUGACUUCUCUUCGUCUUCUUCUUCUUAUUAUUUUUCUUCCAAAUCAACCCUCUAGGCAUUUGGCUUCCUCAACCUGAUCCUGUGGGGAGGAAACCUGUGGUUCGUGUUCAAGGAGACCGGCUGGCUGGCAGCCUUCGGAGGCACAUACGCACCUUCCCAGGAGAAAGCGCCUGCCCCAGAGUCCUUCGGCCAGGACGGCUAUGGGCAGGAGGGCUACGCACAGCAGGGGGAUGCCUAUGCCGGCACCCAGGGAGGCUACCAGCCCGACUAUGGCCAGGGCGGCUACACCGAGGGAGGCGGAGACUAUCAGCAGGGGGGAUACGAACAGCAGCCCACCUCCUACGCAAAUCAGAUGUGAGCUGGUCCACCCUAUGGAAGCUGGUGAGUGUCAGUGCAUAUGAUGGAGCAAUACUGAUAAACAACUGUGAGAUACUGCAUUACUCUUCCAAAGGAAAAUACAGACUAUGUGGCUUUAUGACAUCUUCAUAAUCUUUAGGUAUGAAUUAGUUGUCAUUUCUUUCUCUCUCUAUCGCUCUCGCUCUCUCUCUCUCUCCCCAGGGCCACCAUGUGAUUUGGGAGUGUGGUGCCUGACCACCACCCACAAUUCCACACUCGUCUGUUUGUGCAUCUGUGAGUUGACAAGAGGAGGGAGGCAGGGAGCGAGGGAUGGAGGAAGGUGGGCUCUUGGGAGGGGAAGUGAGCAACACCGUGUCGUUUGGGAGAGGGUUAUUUUGUUGAGGGGGAAAUGGGUCCUUACUGUAAAAUGCUGUUUAUUCUCGUGAU